AUGGCCUUAAGCGCAAACACUUUCUUCAACGCUCCCCCUGGUGCUGUGGCCGAAGUUAGUAUCAUUGACUGUACUUCGAGGAUAACCGGACUACCGGUCAGCUUCUUGAUGGAACCACCUGUAUAUGGCAUGCAGUACAUGCCCGACAUCCCAACGUGGUCCUUCCUCAUUGAGAGCCCGACAGGCAAGAAGGCCUUGUUCGACCUGGGAGUGCCACCCAACUUUCUCGACUUGUCGCCCGUCAAUCAAGAACAGCUGAGAAAUCCGGCCUGGGAGAUCCGCGCCGAGAAACACGUAGCAGAUAUCCUAAGAGAGAACCAAAUUGAGCCUGCUUCGAUUGAUUCCAUUAUUUGGAGUCAUUGGCAUUUCGACCAUAUUGGAGAUCCCUCCACCUUUCCUGGAACUACGGAGCUGAUCGUUGGUCCUGGAUUCAAAGAUAAGUUCUAUCCUGGUUACCCGGUUAUCAAGGAUGCACCAGUAAGGGAAAGUGAUUUUGCAGGUCGGACAACAAGAGAAAUCAAUUUCGAUGAAAGUCCUAAGCUUCGAAUCGGGCAAUUUAGGGCUUUGGACUUUUUUGGGGACGGAUCCUUCUAUCUACUCGAUACGCCCGGCCACGCGGUUGGGCACCUCGGCGGCCUGGUACGGACGACCUCAUGCCCAGAUACCUUCAUUUUUCUUGGUGGCGACCUCUGUCACAACGGUGGCGAGAUACGUCCAUCUAAGCAUAUUGGUCUGCCCAAGGACAUCCACGUUGAGCUCCCUGAUCAAGUGGCGCCGUGGAUCUGCCCAGGGUCGGAGCUCGAGCAUCUCAACAAGAACCGCAGCCGCGAAGCCGACGAACCCUUCUUCAUCCCGAACCCCAGCUUCUGUUUCAACGCGGAAGAGACUAUGAAAACGAUUAUCAAGGCCCAGGAAGCUGACAUGGACGAUAACAUCUUAUUCAUUUAUGCUCAUUCCAAGGCAGUUGAACGCUAUGCGGAUCUAUUCCCACUCAAGGCUAAUGGCUGGAAGAAGGAGGGUUGGAAAGACAAGAUGUUUUGGGACUUCGUGAGAGAUUUCAAAGCGGCAGUCGAAGCGCAAGAGAUUCACGAAUCGGCAUGA